CCGCGGCCGCUGCCCCACAGCGCACGCGGACGGAGCCGAGCCGCGCAGUGAUGGGACAGUUUUCGGGAGGAUGCUACUUGAGUUUUGGCGUCCUGCUGUUCCUCAGUUUGAAAGUCUCGGACACGUUUGCCAGAGGCCCCCGAGGUGAAGCCCUGCAGCAUGGACAGUCUGGGACACUUCCUCUCUUCCUGGAAGAGCCUGUUGAUGGUUACAUCAUCAAGAGCAAUCCCAUCAAACUCCGGUGUCAAGCACGGCCAGCACUCCAGAUCUUCUUCAAAUGUAAUGGUGAAUGGGUCCAUCAGAGUCAGCACAUGUCCCAGGAGCACACUGACCUCAGAACAGGGCUGAAGAUCCGGGAGGUGAUGAUCAACGUGUCACGUCAGCAGGUGGAGGACUUUCACGGUCCUGAGGAUUACUGGUGCCUCUGUGUUGCCUGGAGUCACCUGGGGACCUCCAAGAGCCGCAAGGCAACUGUCAGGAUUGCUUACUUGAGGAAGAACUUUGAGCAGGACCCCCAAGGCACUGAGGUGCCUCUAAAUGGCAUGAUUGUGUUGCACUGUCGUCCCCCAGAGGGAGUGCCUGCAGCUGAGGUGGAAUGGCUGAAAAAUGAAGAGCGUCUUAACUCCGAUGGUGUCAAUGAGCGAAGAGCCGACCAUAAUCUCAUCAUCCCAGAGGCACGUCUGUCAGAUUCAGGAAACUUUACUUGUGUUGCCAGCAACAUUGUUGCCAAGAGACGAAGCACCACAGCUGCUGUUGUAGUCUACGUGAAUGGAGGGUGGUCAUCGUGGACAGACUGGUCGCCCUGUAAUGUGCGUUGUGGUCGUGGUGUGCAGAAACGUUCUCGCACUUGUACAAACCCAGCUCCUCUUAAUGGGGGAACAUUCUGUGAGGGCAUGUCUGUACAAAAGAGCACCUGCAACACCCUUUGUCCAGUGGAUGGCAACUGGGGAGAGUGGAGUGAGUGGACAGCGUGCAGUGCAGACUGCGAGCGGCAGCGCAGCAGGGAGUGCACGGCCCCAGAGCCCAAACACGGAGGACGGCUGUGUGACGGCGUGGCGCUGGCAAUAAACAACUGCACUGGUGGCUUGUGCACGCAGAAUCGAAAAUUGCUUCAUGAUGCCAAGCCACAAGGUGUGGAGAGCAGCAGCGAUGUGGCUUUGUAUUCAGGCCUUGCUGCAGGGGUGGUGACCAUGGUCCUGCUGAUCGUGGCUGUCACUCUUUACCAACGGAGCCACAGUGAGUACGGAGUUGACGUCAUUGACUCUUCUGCCCUCACUGGAGGCUUCCAGUCCUUCAGCUUCAAAACAUCACGACAAGCAAACCCCCUGCUUAUUAAUUCAUCCAUGCAACCUGAUCUGACAGUGUCACGUACCUACACCAGCCCCAUGUGUUUCCAUGACUCCAUUGAUAAGGAGCUGAUGGCUGAGCACGCGCUUUUGGACCCGUUACCUGAUCUCAAGGAUAAAGCAGUGGCAGAAAGGGCAGAGUACCACGUCAUGGCCCACCCUCAGACCUUUCCGAGGGGCAUGGCUCCAGACUACAGAGCCGUUUCUGUUGGGACGACGCUGGGAAGAAAAGGAAAGAACUUCUUCACUCCACAAGUGUCACUGACUCCAGCCAGACCUGUGCACAAAGCUACAGCUGUGUUUGGACAUGCAGGUGGCAGACUGGUGGUCCCCAACACAGGCAUCAGUCUGUUGGUGCCUCAUGGAGGGAUCUCAGAAGACACUACCUGGGAGAUGUACACCAUCAUCAGCCAGGAGGACAGCAGUUCUGCAUCCAACACUGGGCUGGAGAUCUUUUUAAGCCCUGCUGUCACAUACGGUCCACCAGGCCUUGACCUGGCCUGCCCCAUAGCCAUGACUAUAGCCCAUUGUGCUGAGGUUGCUGCUGAUAAUUGGACCAUCCAACUAAAGAGACAUGCACAGGACAAGUGGGAGGAAGUGAUGUCUGUGGACGAGGAGAGCACAUCAUAUUACUGUCUGCUGGAGGCCCACAGGUGCCACGUGCUGCUGGAGCAUCCGGGUUGCUACGCCCUGGUGGGGGAGCCGCUGAACCAGCAGGCUGCGAAGCGGCUGAGGCUGGCCGUGUUUGGAAGUCCAGACAGCAGCCACUGUCUGGCCUUUACCCUCAGGGUCUACUGUGUGGACGACACGCCCCACGCAUUUCAGGAGGUGGCAUUGGGUGAGCACAGCCAGGGUGGGCAUCUCCUGGAGGAGCCUAAAGUGAUGGUCUUCAGGGGGAACCGUUUCAACCUCCAGGUGUCCAUCCAGGAUGUCCCACAGUUACUCUGGAACAUCAAACCCUUCACCACCUGCCAGGAGUUCUCCUUUUCUCAGGUGUGGGCCAGUAACCAGCGUCCCCUGCAGUGUGCCUUUUCUUUGGAGCGAUACAGCCACUCCUCUUCUCACCUCUCCUGCAAGAUCAGCGUGCGACAGGUCAAAGGCGAGGAGCAGAUACUCCAGGUGUACACGUCCGUCGUGGAGAAUGAAAAGGGCGUGGUUCCUUUUUUCACCCAGUCGGACUGUACUAUCACCUCUCAGACUGGGUCAAGAGCUUUUAAAAUCCCCCUGUCCAUACGUCAGCGGAUCAGCGCCACCUUUGACAUGGCUAAUGCCAAAGGGAAGGACUGGCAGCUCUUGGCUCAGAAGCUCCGCAUAGACAGGAACCUGUGCUACUUUGCCUGUCAGGAGAGCCCAUCAGCAGUGAUUCUGAUGCUGUGGGAAGCUCAGCACCAGGACUCAGCCGAUCUGGAUUCUCUGGCCAACGCGCUAGAAGAAAUCAGCCAAGUGCACGCACCCAGGAGCGCUGCUCUGGGCUGCAGCAGAGAGCAGCAGGACUCUGAAUUAAGUAAACUUGGCUAGUGCAGCUCUGCUUAAGAUCAGCGGGAGGUCAGAUUGAACCUUUUUACUGUAUGAACAAUGAUGAUGGGGUCCACG